AUGGGCGCCUUGGGUCCGCUUCGGCUGUUGCGGCUGCGCGGCGUGCCGGUGCUGGAGAUGCUGCACAUCGAGGAGGCCUUGUACCGCGUCAAGGACGCCGGAAACUGGAUGGUAGUCAACGAGCCACCGUCACGGAGGACAAUCGUGCUUGGCAUCUCCGGGAAAGUCGCGGAGCUCGUGGACGCGCAGGCGGCCCUCGCGGACGGCGCUGCGUGCGUGAAGCGCUUCACGGGCGGCGGGACGGUCGUCGCGGACGGCAGCACGGUGAUGACGUCGGUCAUUACGGGCCCGGGGGGGUCUCCGCUCCCAGGGCGCGACGCGUUCCCGGGGCCCGUGAUGGAGUGGUCCGCGCGGCUGUUCGAGCCCGUGUUCGCGGACUCCCGCGGCCCCGGCGGCGCGAGCGUCGCGUUCGGUCUGACCGAGACGGACUACACCGUGUCGGUGGGGGCUGGGUCGGACCAGGACGGCGGCGGCGCGCGGAGGCUCAAGAUCGGCGGCAACGCGCAGGCGAUCUCGCAGGGACGCUUCGUGCACCACACGUCGUGGCUCUGGGACUUCGACGACGCCAGCAUGGCGCUGCUCCUGGAGCCAAGAAAGCGCCCGAACUACCGCGGGAAGCGAACGCACCUCGAUUUCUUGACGCGGAUACGAAGAUUCAUGCCAGACAGGAAGGAUUUUGUCGCGCGGCUGUGCGCGGCGCCCGCCGCGCACGGCUGGACCGUGACCGAGGCCACUGAGAGCGACGUCGCGCGCAUCCUGGACCGGCCGCACCUCCGGACGUCGAGAGAGGUGGACCUGCGCGCUGCGGCAUCGCCGCCGGCCCCGGGGGGGCGGUAG